UUUUACUGGAGAAUUCAUUUGGAAUACCGAGUGUAAAUUUAAGCAUAACGUAUUGUAUUGAUUGCUUGGAAUUUACAAAUCAGUAUGUUCAUUCUUUACCUAGAUAUAAUUAAUAUGCUUGGAUAACAAGACCGUUAUCCGUGAGUAUAAUAAAGGCAUUUAUUCAGACAAGGCUGAAACGACAUGUGAAAGUCGGAUUAGAAGAAAAACAUAAGACAUAGCGAGGUAUGUCAAACGGCCCACACGAGCUUAAAGUAUGUGAUAAGCAAUGAACACCGAAUAUAACACGUCAUGAACAAAAACAUGUUGUUUGCUGUAAUUUGUAUGUGUUAAUUAAAAGACAAUACGUAAUGAUAAUGACAAAUAUGUUACCAUGAAAUUACCGAAAUGGGGUUUAAUGAAAUUAAAAUUUGAGAAUCCGAGGAUUAAAUACUAAGGUUUUAGAUAUUAAUAAAUGUAGCACUUUUUCUGAAAAACCUCAGUCUGUACCUGAUAUUCAUUCAUAUAACAUCGAAAUACACGGUAAAUGAAUCAAAGUGUAUACUGUUGGAUUUAACUUCAACAUUCCGUCCAACAUGAGUAUACGUCCAUCGAUUAUCUUUGUCGUUCUGGCUCUGCUACCAUCAUGUUUAUCCGAGUGCCGUUUUCCGGACUUUUUACAAACUCAAGGUGAAGGACCUUCUUGGUUCGUUACUUAUCACAAUAAGGAAGUUUCGAUUUCUGUAAAUCACACCAAAAUGAUAAUUAAAGAAUGCAGAAAUAAAGGGCAUGUGCAGUGUCAAGAGUACGAAAGACAUUGUGCUGUGCCUCACGGAGGAAGUCGAUUUCUGGUGCGAGAAUAUGUAAAGGACAGAUCUACAUAUGAAACAGAAAUCACGUAUCGAUGCAUUCAAUUCUUGCGCCGCAGUAAAAGCGUUGUUCAAGUUCGAAUUACCCUUUAUAAUGCAAAAGAUUCAUCUGACAGUCUAUGCAAUGAGAAUCAUUUAGUGCUCGAUCAGUAUCCAAUGAUUUCCCGGGAACAUGCUACAGAAGUGAACGAAUGUCCAGCUAUUGGAGGAUACGACUUCAAACUUUACCAUUAUGGAGAACAAACACCUCUAUGUGAUGACAUUUUUCUUCCUUUGAGAAUAGAAAGUGAUUGUACUCACCAUGAAGGGAUUAAGCUUUACUUUAGACGUAGAAAUUGUUCAAAUCUUUUUGUGGGUCGUGAUCUAAAGAUAGAUCCAUUACAAGCAGAACCCGUUGAAAUACGGUGUGUUGCAUCUUGGCAGUAUAAUAAAUACACUUUUGCUAUUGUAAAAUGGAGGGGUACUCCAAAGUUUUGGUGUAUACGUGUUACAUAUUUGAAUGACAAAAUAGACGAGAUGUAUGUAUACUUUAGCGGCAUUUGUCCGUCUAAUAAUAAAAAUUAUGAACGAAUGCUUAUAUUAAAACAUUUCAAAACGCAUUAUGUAACAGGUAUAUGUGCUGAUCAAAAUAUGAAAUGUAGUUACCAUCAUUGUUCAACUUACAAAGACAAAUGUAAAUUGUCUUGUGCAUUAUGUGAACCAGAAAUGGAAGAAAAAUCAUGUUCAUUUCCCCAUGCCUAUUAUGGCCGUUGGAACAGCUUACAUCCUACCACCAGUGCUUUAGAAAUAACAAACGACACACUAACGUAUAACAAUAUGAAAUGGGAAUGUGUCGAAUCAAAGAGCAACAAUCGUCUUGAAAUAUUUGGGAGACAUGCCCUCAAACUGAAAUUUUCUAAUGGUUGCUACCCAAGAUAUAUGUGUACUGAAAUCGAGCAUCCUACAACUUCAGUUAUCAGAUAUAGGACAGGAAAAGAAUUAUUUUGGCCGAUUGAUUCUAUUGAUGAUGUAUGCGAGGAACGUUUCUUUGACUACCGCCCGACCUUUGCAGAAACUAGUGGCAUAGCUAGGACCUCUGGUCCUUGGGUUUAUUUUAUCAAAGAUUCACCAGAAUAUGUGAAUUGUAACCUUCCUUGGUAUAUCAAGAAUUCAGCUUUCUUUGAAAUGUAUGACAACAAAAAUCAAUUGGCUAACCAGGGAUGUCUGUCUUAUGACAACGAAAGUCCUGGUCAUGUUUUACAACUUUAUUACACAUAUCAAAAUCUCCAACAAGAAUGGAAUGUUCAAACACAAAAGACAUUUGUUUGUAUUGCUUCGAUUAAAAUUAUCGGUGAAAAUGACGUAUUGAUUACGCAUAAUAUCGAUGAAGGUGUAUACAUGUGCUGGACGUUUGUGCAAGACCGAUAUAGAAAUUAUGUGUACAUAUUCAACGCAAAGAAUUGCGGGAAUGGUACAAAUAAACAACUUGUAUUCUUUAGUGCUCAAAAAUACAUUGCUAUGUUGGUGCUCCGAAAAAACUCUACAGUAUGUGACUUAAUUGGAAAUAAAGACACUAUAAUUACGAGAAGAAGUGAUGACGCAUUGUCUAAUUUGACUGAAAAUAAUAUCGGCUCAUUAGCAUUUAGACCUCAUUUAGCAAUAAGUCUACUGUUAUAUAUUAGUUUAAUGUAUAACUUACGAUGAUAUUACUUAUUAACGUCUGUACACGUUUAUAUAUAGAUAUUUAUAUAAUGAAAAUACAUGGGUGCGUGGUCAUAGUAUCCUUGUUUAGAUACAACGUGUACACUGUUUUGUUUGUGAUAGACUGCGCGUUGCAGAAAUUUGUUUUAGUGAUAUAAAGCGACCACAUAUAAAAACAUAGUUUUUUGUAUAUAAGAAAAUGCACGGUUUCACAGUAAGACACAGUUUCCAAAAUGGUUUCUCUACUCUAACAUAAUUGCGCUUACUAAAACAAACUCUGACACGUAACAUGUACACAAACUAUACGGUUUUGUGUGUGUCUAUUUUAUAUUCACGCCUAGCAUGACGUCGUCACUGUUUUUCAUCCAAUAAAUGUUUCUGUUUCAUUUUGACAAUCAAUCAUUAAACCAGCAAUUUGGAUACAAGUUAACCCUACAUAAACCCGCGAUUCCUUGAAACAAUGGGCAACACUUUGUUAAAAGUUCUGAUUUUGAAACACAGAACUUUAUACAUUCAAAUUUGUCGGUAAAACGAAAUAUUGUAUUCAUGUUUCUUGUUCAUAAAUACAAACAUGUGUUUUGAAUGUUACAUAAUGUAUGUUAUCAUGUUUCAAGCUGACUGAUCAUUUUAUUGAAUUGACGGAUAUAUGUUGUUUUUUCCUUCUUAAAGGGUAUGAUUACAGAUAAUAAAUUGAUUUUUGUAUUUAUUUUUUGCAGCUUGCGGGGAUUGCUUUCUUCAUUUUGCAUAUUUCUGGAGCGUAAUAUCUCAAAUGAUUAAGUUAAGAUGAAUGACUGCAAAUAACUAUAUCAAUUUUUAGUGUAUCCGUGUGAUUGGUUACUUUUUGUAUACCUAAAACACUGAUUCCUUAGAAGGCAAAUAAUUAUCAAACAAUUUGCUUCCUAAAAUGUUUUUUUUAGUUUAAAGCUGCAAAUCUCCAGAUAAGCAAAAAUGUUUCAAGAAUAUCAACCAUGAGAAACGUUUGCUCCGACUCAAUAAAUAAUUUGCAUGUAAAAUGAAAUCAAUGACUGAUUUUUCUAAAGUUUUCAUCAGUGUUCUUCUUCUUGAUUAUCGCAGUAAUGACUAUUUUGUAUAUUCUGGCCUGUUUUAUGAUUUUAGUAAUUUACAAUUUGGAAAUUACUUUCUUUGAUCACUUAUAUGAUAUUUUACUUUUUGAUACUUUUUAAACAAUUUCAUCAAGAAAAGUAUGAAUCUGAAAGCAUUUUGUGAAUUAAUUUCCAUCACGUGAAUAGUUUAAAAUAUAUAUUGUUUGACAAUAGCAUUCACGUUCUGAAGCAGUGUAACAUGUAGCUGUUUUUAAACUAUGUUUAAAAACAAGCAUCGAUCCGCAACAUUUAUUGAAGCAUAUAUGUGAAUGUUAUACUAUGUAGCAAGUUGUUGUACUAAUUAUAUGUAAAUAAACAAUAAUUUCUAAAUUUUUGUUAAUUAAACUAUUGGAUAUAUAUAU